AUGGGAAAGAUCAGCACCAAGGACGCCAAAGACAAAAUGCGGCACAAGCCGCUGUACAAGGAUAUCACAGAGACUGGUAAUCUGAGAGUGGGGAAACGUUCGAAGCACGAAAAGACUGGCGAAGAGGAUGCAGAGGACGAUUUUGUCCUGGAUGCUGCGGCUUCCAGAAAGGUCCUGAAGCUUGCUAGAGAACAGCAAGAGGAGAUCGCCCUCGAGGAAAACCGUUUGCAGGUCUCAGAGAAACCGAGGUUUCAAAUGAUUGCGCACGAAUCUGACGAUUCGGACGAUGACGCAGUCUACGAAGAGAUGUCGGAUGACGGUGAAAACGAAUAUUACGACGAAGAGGUUGAAGAAGUAGACGAGGAAGAUGUGAAGUUGUUUGAAUCAUAUUUCAAAUCGGAAAACAAUGCAUUUGGCAGCUUCAAUCUAGCUGACAAAGUCAUGGCCAAACUACAGGAAACGCAGCAGAAGAAGACGGAACAGACAGAGAGACCACAGGACAAAGUUUUACUUCCACCAAGAGUCAUAGAGGCCUAUGAGAAGGUCGGACAGAGUCUACAUGUGUGGAGACAUGGAAAGCUGCCGAAACUUUUCAAGGUGCUUCCCAGCAUCAAGAAUUGGGAGGAUCUGAUUUUCGUGACAAACCCUGAAGCAUGGACUCCUCAGGUGACGUACGAGGCUACCCGAUUGUUUGUUUCUAACUUGACGGCGAGUAAAGCAGAGAGAUUUGUUAAUCUGGUGCUUUAUCCAAAAGUCAGACAAGAUAUUGAGGAAAGCGACGAUCAUAAACUGAAUUAUCAUCUCUAUCAUUGGACCGGAAAUCAGACGUGA